UCCUGUGACCCCGCCCCCUGUGUUUUCCCGCGCUGGCGCUGAGGGAGCCGAUAAUGGCGGUGUUUGCGGGCAGUGUGCCGUGGCGCUGGCUGGGCCUGGCCGGUCUGGUUGUGGCUCUCAGCCUGGAGGCCGUGGCGCGGUAUGUCCGGGGGAGGCGGCGGCCGCUGUGUGAGGUGCUGUUUUUCCCGGCCCCGGUGACCUGCCCGGAGCCCGCGCUCUCCCCCGGCCUGAGCUGCCCCUGCCCGCUCCCCCACACCGACAGCGCCCUCUCCCGCCUCCUCCGCCGGAUCCUGGCGGCCCGGCGCAGCCUGGAGCUCUGCGUGUUCACCGUGUCCUGCGCUCCGCUGGCCCGGGCCGUCCUCCAGCUCCACCUCCGCGGGGUCCGCGUCCGCGUCAUCACCGACAGCGACUACAUGGCGGCCUCGGGCUCCCAGAUAGGGGCCCUCCGGAGUGCGGGAGUCAUCGUACGCCACAACCAGACCUCUGGUUUCAUGCAUCAUAAGUUUGUGAUUAUGGAUAGGACAGUUGUUAUGACUGGUUCUCUCAACUGGACCAUGCAGGCUAUCCACACCAACAAGGAAAAUGUCCUCAUUAGUGAUGACCAAACAUUUGUAAAGGCAUAUCUAGAAGAGUUUGAACGACUGUGGGAAGAGUAUGAUCCAGCUACGUACGAUUUCUUCCCUGAUAAAGACCAGAAGUGAUCUCUUACCUCAAAUUUCAAUAGUUUGUUUUACUCCUCUACUUUUGGAGAUGUGCACAUUACAGAAGAUUUCUGUGCAACAGUUGGAGUAAUUGUUCCUCAUCAUGCUAGUUGCAAAAUACUGUUUUACAGUAAGAAAAUGUUCCAUGUUUUGACUGUUGUGAAAUACACCAAAGAAAACUCUUGAAGUGACUGGUAUUAAUAAAUCAUUUAAUCAAAACUGCCA